AUGUGUGGAGGAGGAUGGCUCCUUGACUUCAAGGCAGGCAUUGCAUUCUUCAGUUUGCAGAUAACCGGAAACGGAGAUAACAGGCAUUGGACACCUUGGGUGGCACUUCCGAGGUACCGUAGUUAUAACUUAAACUUCAACAUGGCGGGCGAACAUGUUGAACUCAAAUUUUUGUCCACGGUUUUGAGCCCAACUGAGAUUGAUUCUGUUCCCGUUGAUGUUCGUGAGAAGUUGGAAGCUUUGCUAAACUCGAGGGAAACGAUUCAAGAUGGGUUGAAGACUAAACUGGAAAAGUUACGAGUGAAUUCUGAGCAACGCUAUUUUGAGUUGGAGAAACAGUUAAUUGCCUCAAGCACCAAGCUAGAGUCAUCUCUUACUGCCAAUUCGGAGCUCAAGGAACAGACUGCUAAACUUGAAGAACAGUUACGACAGAGCAAAGAUGACCUCGCUAGUGUGCGCGACUCAAGCGAGGGCAGUAAUCUCAGUUACAAGCAGCUGAGUCGCAGCGUUGAACUCCUGGAGUAUGAGAAGGGAGAACUGCUGAAGGUCUUGGAGAGGAAGAACCAGGAGAUCACCAGACUCAAUGAUGACUGGAAGACGAUGUCCAGUAAACUGGCUGAAGCCAACGCUGCCAAGUCCAGUCUGCAGGUCAAGGUCGAUGAACUCCAGAACCAGGAUAUGUCCGUCAAGUACCGAGAGAAGCGUCUUGAGCAAGAAAAGACCCACCUGACCUCCCAGAAUGAGUGGCUAAGUCAGCAGCUGAAAUCUAGCACUGAUGAACUCCUUGUUCUACGUAAGGAAAAGUCCAACCAGAUCUUGGAGCUCCAAGGUGAGCUUAACGAGCGAGCAGAUGAGAUUAAACACCUCCAAGAGAUAGUGGACACCUACAAGACGACCAAUAAAGACCAGGAAAUCCGCAUUGAGGAACUCAUCGGAAAAAUGACAACGAGUAAUGACGCGUAUGCUAAGAGUGAAGAACAGUUUGGUGGUGAGCUUCAUGCCCAGAAUAAGCUGGCUGGACUGUACGAGAAAGCGGCAUUAGAAGCUCAAGAGAAGGUACGUGAGUUGAUCACAGCCGUUGAGGAGCUCCAGAAACUACUUGGUCAAGCCUCGGAGUCGCAAGAACAACAAAAGACACAACUCCAACAGAUGGACGCUGAAUACUCUGCCAAAGAAACAGAGAUGAAUGACAAGAUAGCCAGGUUGGAGAGGGAGCUUGCCGAUGCCAACGACCUUCUGAAUGCUGCCAGGAAGAAAGGCAUCGCCCUGAAGCUCUCUGAUGACGAGCUGAACAGUCUCUCACCAACAGCAGCUGCUGCAAGUAGCUUCCUUAAGUCUGGACUGACUCUGACUCAGAUGUACAGCGAGUAUGUGAAAUGUUCAGACGAGUUAGAAGUAGGGAAGGCUGAGAAUCUGAGACUCAACGAUUACCUGGAUCAGAUCCUAGAGGAGGUAGAAGAGAAGGCUCCGAUAAUGCAGAAACAGAGAGACGAUUAUGAGAAAGCAUUGCAGACAACACAUCAACUAUCUUCACGUAUGGAUGCCAACCUCAUCGAAUGCGAGCAGUUACGUAUUGCUGCUGACGAAGCAGACCGUCGAGCCAACAUGUCCGUUAGGGAAAUCAUCCGACUGAAACAGCAGUGCACUGAUCUAGGACAACAGGUACGUGUGUUGUUGAAGGAGGUACAUGAAGCAAGAGGAGGUCCUAUCAGCGCCGAUGCUAACGUGUCAUCACCCGAUGUCUCCAGCUCAUCUAAUGUCAUCAGUGAACAUCUUGUCUCGUUCAGGAGUAUUGAGGAACUGCAAAUGCAGAAUGAGAAGCUGAUUGCCUCGUUGCGUGAGCUGAGUGAGAAGACAGAACGGGAAGAGAGUCUCACAGUCGAGAGCAAAACGACGGAGUUGAAACAGCAACUGGAUAGCGCACUUAAAGACAUUGAGGAGAUGAGAUAUGCCAGGGCCAGACAAACCGACAUGGUAGAGGCCAUUGUCCGACAGAGGGAUAUGUACAAGGUUCUACUACAGCAGAGUGGCACAACACCCCCACCGGCGUCCCUGAUGAUGUCCGCCAGCCCAUUGCAAUCUCCAAUAAGAGCUCCUGCAGCAGCUGCAGGAACCCCAGGACAACAAACCCCAAGUCAGUCCCAAACCCCUAGGGCAGAUUCUGAGGACACGGCCAGGGAAGCCCUCAAGACGCUUCAGGGAGAGUUGGUGACUUACAAGAGGGAGAAAGCUGAGAACGAGCGAUUGCUCAACGAGCAGCUAGAGAAAAUGCGCAAAGAUGUGUCGGACUUCAGAGUGCAGAAUGCCCAGCUGACCUCGCAGCUGGAUUUUGCCGGUGAGCGAUACAGGAUCCUACAGUCCAAUGUAGAUGGUUACAAGAAGGAGAUCGCUUCCCACAGAGACAAGAGUCAGAAGUACACAGCUGAGCUAACAAGAAACCAACAGAAAAUCAACUCGUUGACUCAGGAUUUGAUGGCAGCAACUGAGAAGUUGACACGAGCUGAGGUGGCCCGCGAUAAUCUACGGACAGAGAGAGACCUCCUGAAGGGUGUUGAAGCAAGACUCGUGCAGGAGAAAGAGACCAUGCAGAGAGGCAAUCAAAGCCAGACCCUCCUACUAACAAACCUCCAGACUAUACAGAACAAUUUGGAGAGGUCUGAGUUUGAGAGCAAGGCUAGACUAUCUAAUCAGAUGGAGGCUAUGGAGAGAGAGUUAAACACCUUGAGGCGGAGACUAGAGGGAGAUAACGAUCAACAUCGGGUGGUUCUCAAAACAUGGGAGGGUCGAGUGCAAGGUUUACAGAGACAGUUAAACCAUGAAUUGGAUAAUCACCAGAGGACUAGGGAAAGUCUAAAUAAGAGCAAGUCUGAUCUACAGCACAUGAAGGAACAGUGUUCCUCUGUGGAAGCUCAGCUUGUAGCAUCUCAGAUCAAAUAUGAGAGUGUCUUCAGGGAAAGGAACGAAGCCCUAGCAGCCCGGUCUCAGCAGACUGUCGUGUCAAGCAACGAUGAAGAAGUACGUGAGCUUAAGACUAAUCUCAGGGCGGCUGAUUUCCAGGUCAAAGUUCACCAAGAUCAGCUUCAGAAGCUUCAGGUGCAUCUGGAUCAUUACAAAUCAAUCAGCGCAGCUGUGGAGACUAGCCUGAGUGAACAGAGUCAGGCCAGUCAGAUAUACAAGGAGAAUAUGGAGAAACGCCUGGAGGAAACCACUCAAGCUCGUGAGAAACUGGAGACUCAAGUAAUUGAGCUCGAGAAGGAGCGAGACACCAUGCGCAGUGAGAAAGAAGAACUCACCGAAGCCGUUGCCUCGCAGACAACUGAACUGCGUCGUAAUCUGGUGCGAGUCCAAGAAGAACUGACUUUGGCAGUACAGAGAAAGGCUGACGCAGAGAUAAAUGAGACCACUGCGAGACAAGACUACCAGGAACAGGCCAAGCUUGCCAAAGAGGCUCAAGACAAGUACGAGCGUGAGUUCCUGUUGCAUGCUGCAGACGUCCAGCAGUUGGUUACUGUCAAAGAACAGUUGGAGAGUCAGAUGACGAGAUUGACGGAGGCAGAAGAAGCUGCUAAGGUGGCCCAGGAGACUCUCAACUCUUCCAAGGUAGCGUGGGAGGAGCAAUCUCAUCUGCAGAGUAGAGAGUUGGAGGAGCGUGUUUCACAGUCUCAUGCAAUCAAUCAGCAGAAUAUACUCCUCCAUGAUCAACUACAAGAGUUGAGUGGUCGUAUGAUGCGAAGUCCACAGAAAAUAAGGGACUCUACUGAUGGUUGUGUACGUGUACCUGAUGAAGACAAGUCAGCUGAACAACUUCUAGAAGUUAUCAAGUUUAUAAGACGCGAAAAGGACAUUGCCGAGACGCGAUCAGAACUCGCCCAGUCGGAGAAUCUCCGCCUGAAGCAGAAGUGUGAGCAUCUUGAGCGUCAGUAUGAGGAGGCACAUCGUAAUCUGACUGGGGAGAGAGAACGCACACAGGUGAUGGUGCAAACUACGGCCAAGCACCAAGAGUUAUUAAAGAAGGUGGAGACGCUGAAUGCCUUAAUGGACAGUAAUAGGAUGCUGAGAGAAGAGAAGGGCAGGUUGGAUCAACAGGUGCAUCAGCUGGAGGCUAAGGUGUGUAAGCUAGAGGCGGACAUCGAACCUCUACAGGAACAGAAUCGCUCACUGACCGCAGAGAGAGAUGCAUUGAGCACGGAUAAGAUUAGUCUGACCAUUGAGGUCACUCGAUGGAAGCAGAGGACCAAUCAUCUGAUAGAACAGUGCAACAGGGCGGACCCAGAGGAGCAGAAACGACUUGUUGCUGAGAAGGAUGCUAACAAGAAGACCAUUGGUAAUCUGCGAGAAGAAAACCUCAGACACAAAGCCGAGAUGUCAAGACUGAAUGCACAGCUUACAGCAACAAGGAUGGAGAACACCAAGCUCAAUACUGACCAUGCCAAUAUGCAGGCAGAGCUGAGGCUUGAGCUGAGUAAACUCAGUGAGGAGAUUAAUCAAUUGAAAACGGAGAACACGACAAAGACCAAUGAAAUCAACGAGAAGAAGAAUACAAUACAACAGGUGAAGAAGAUUGGUCGUCGUUACAAAUCACAAUUUGAGGAGUUACAGGCAAAGGUGGAUGCUGAGAAGGAGCAGCUAGUCAAACCCAACGCCGAGACAGACGCUAAGAUUAAGGAGCUUGAAGAAACAUUGACUAAAGCUAAUGAGGAGAACAAGGCAUCCAAAGAAGCUUUAGAGGAAAAUAAGACCAAACUUGCUGAGAAGGAUGAACGGGAAGAGAAGAACAAGAAACUCAUUGAAGGAAUCCGACGCAAAUGUGCUCAGCUCGCCAAUGAGCUUAGCAAGAUGAAAGAAGAGAAGACGAAACUUCAGACGUCGGUGGAUGAGAUGAAGGGAGAGAUGACCGCAAUGGAGUCCAUUCAUUCGGAGAGUGAAGGACAGCUAGAGGCAGAUAAGAAGACCCUACAGGAGAGAGUGCAGCAGCUGGAGAAGGAUCUCAAACAAGCAAAGGACAAACAGGAGAAGCUUCAAACUAUCCAGAAGGAGGAACAGCAGAAACAACAACAGCAAAAAGUGGAACUUCAGUCAAGGGUUCAAGAGCUUGAGAAGCAAGUUGAGGACCAGCAGAAGCAGCUACAAGUCAAACAUCUGGCUCCUCAGCAACCUAUGGGCACUGAAAGACCAAGCACAAGAAGUGAGGAGCCACCACCCACAGCCAACAUCAAACCCAUCUCCUCGCCAGCACCGACUGUCGCCAAGCUCUCCGUACCCCCUGGUCAGAGGAUGACGGCCAGCGUGCGCCCCAUUGCUGUUACCCCGGUAACCAGUGCGUCCGCGAGUGUGUCAGCCACGCCCAUGGCAACGGUGAUGCCCCAGACACAGAGCGAGGCAAGUACGGUCGUCAUGGAGCAGGAGAGGCAGCAAGCAACUCAAGAGCCAUUGUCGGUAGAGACGCCCAUCAUCCUCUCCAUGGGUAUCACCACGCCUAUUCAGGCAGUCACCCCUACCCAACAGAAUCCCUCGUCUGCCGUCUCUCACUACCAGCAUCAAGCGCCCGAAACCAGACCAGAUGCAAUGCAGGAUGACAGGGUUGAGCCCAUCCAACAACAGGAGGUCGUCGUCAGGGCAGAUAACGUACAGGAGGUGCGGGCGGAGCCGAGGAUCACUCCUGCGGCAGUUGAGCCUGUUAUGGAAGAACUGAUCGCUGCGGAACCUGAGGAUGAGCCGACCCCGGAACCGUCGAUGGAGCUCAUCGAGAAUGCUCCUGCUGGAACACAAGAAGAGGACUUUGAGGAGCCAAUCGAGGCACCGAGGCCAUCAAGUAGAUCUGGCCGUCUGGAGCUGGGAAACAAACGCCAGAGGGAGGAGUCAGACGGAGAGGAAGAUCCUGAACAGGAUGAUGAGAUUGUCCCCCAGGAAAAACGACAGCGAGUCACUCCACAACCGCAACUGCUUGAAGAAUCGGAUCAGUUGGGGUCCCUUUCCUUUGACUCCAAAGACCAAACAGCAUUAGACUCAAGCAGCACUGCCGCCGCACCCCACCAAUCUACAAUGUCGCCCUCUGCUGGUGAAGAUGAUGCAGGCACUGGACUCGCAGCGACCUCUACUGGCGGAACGGAGACAACCCAGGAUGACACCGAAGCGCGUGUAGCUGAAGCGCCCUCUACUGGCGAGGGAUUCUCGGACGAAGCGUCCCCGGGUGGGGAGAUUGCAGAAGAGAUCGAGAGGAAUGUGGAAGGGCUGGAGCAGGGAGACACAGAAGCAGAUGAUGAUGAUGAUGAUGACGAUGUUGUCAUCGUUGUGGACAGUGAUGAUGAAGAGGAGGAGAUAGGUGAUGAGGAUGAGCCGACUCAAGGAGAAGAUGAUGACGUAGGAGAUGAUGAUGACGAUGAGGAAGAUGAAGAAGAAGAAGCUGAAGAUUAUGAAGAGGAAGAUGAAUAUGCAGAGUAUCCAGUAGAAGGAGAUCUAGAAUAUGGGAUAUCCCAGGAGGGUGAUGAAGAAGAAGUUGAUGAGAUGGAAGAUGAUGAGGAAGGGGAAGAUGCAAUCUCCAUGGAGGAACAAGGAGACGAGAAUGAAGACAAUGGAGAUGAUCAAACCAUGGAUGAUGAAGAUGAUGAUGAUGUAGUGGAGAUAAGUGAGGACGAUGAAGCGGAAGGUUUAGACAGUCACGAGAUGGAGACAGACCACCAACAACAGCAACAGCAGCAGGACCAAACCCAGCCCAUGGAGGAACAUCAAUCCCUCAGGGUACCCAUGCCAGAGUUCCGGGUGGAGCCCCCUGGGGAUCAAGUACCCACAUCACAGGGCCAGGAGACGCCCAUUGAACGGGUACCUUAUCAUCCCCUAGGGGAUCAAGUACCCACAUCACAGGGCCAGGAGACGCCCAUUGAACGGGUACCUUACCAUCAAGUAGCCAUGCCCAGACAGCGCCUUGCCUCCCUAGGGAGGGCACCAAUGCUCCUUGGAGCUGGGGCACCGUUUGAAGACUUUGGUGACGAUCGUCAGGUACCCAGUACCCCGACCCUCUUUGUUCCAAGGAGGACUGAUGGAUUUGCUGAGGCAAUUAAUUCUCCUCUCCUUCAAGGCAGAUUCCACUUUGGUGGUUCCGACUCUGAGCCAAUGCGGUCCGCGGCACCAGGAUUAGCUCAGCUAGCUACACAGGGAGAUUUGGGAAUGGACGACACUCGCAUCAAUCUACUGGGAGGAGACGACGAUGGUGGACGCAGUGUUCCAACCACACCCCUCCAGACUCAUGCACCAGCUACGGCAUUGACAGCCAGUCCAAUAAGCCACGCCCAUGAAUCUCCAUCCUCGAGCAGUCAAGACACGUCUCGCUCUGUGCCGGCACUACGGCAUUGA